AUCGGAGUGGCGGUUCGCAUCUUACCGGGCAGCAUUAGAGUCGUUUCGUUAUUUUCUAAUACUGUCAGGUAAAGAUGUCGUCCGCGCUCCACGUUCGACGAUGCGGUUUCGAAGAUGGACCUCGCGACCGGCGCCGGAUCGGCUCCGUUGCCGGGGAGUGUGGCCGUCGCUGGGCCCGGUGCCCCGGCCCGGUGCGUGCGGCGCUGCGAGGUAUGUGCGCUGGCGUUGGUGCGGAGGUUACGUCACGUGUAUGAACCGGUCUCUCGCUUUCGUAAUGAGACUUUCGACCACCUUCUAUCGUGUCCAGCGUCCGCGAGUCGUGGGUCGUCGAGCUCACCUACUUCGAAGCAGACUAGAUACGGUAUUACUAGCUCGACGAGAGCUGGUCGUGAUUGGCUACGAGGCGUCCCCGCGUGUCCGUCCUCGGCAAUCCAGCUACCUUGUUACGCUCAUCGCCCGAAGCGCGUAUCAUUCGAUCGUGUGUCAUGGUGCAGUAAUGUACGAGUGUGAUAUCGGAGCGUCAGCCGGCGGCAUCCUCCGGUCAAUUGUCGCUGAUACGAGAAACAGAUGACAAUGGCGACGAGCGACGCAAGGACAAUCUUUAAGCAGCCGUAAUACUACGAAAGAGCUUAGAAUGGUCAUAUAUAAUUGUUUGAGGCGACAACACGAUAAAUAAUUCUAUUAAUAAUGAUUAAACCGGGCGUAAUAAAAUUUCAAAAACAACUCUUCUUGGCAGACUUAAAAAGACAGUUUGACUUUUGGCACUAAAAAUACGUUUGUGUCUAUAUGUGUUAAGUAUUUUUUUUAAUUAAAAGUUACGAAGUAAUGAAAAUUGAUGAGAAUAAACUGUAUCACGAAA